AUUUUUCAUAGGAAAAAUUAAAAAUCAAACACAAAAAAAAAAAAAAGAAGAAGAAGAAGAAGUAGAAUAGUUUUGCUUACCAUCAUACCAGCUGGGGUAGGAAUAUGGGUAUCCAAAGCCCAGAAGAGUCCAAAUCAGAGUGAGCUAAUUAAUUUUUUUUUUCUGGUGGGCCUAAGAUUCGCGUCAUAUUGGCGGGCUUUCUUCAUGCUUGCCUUGAGAAUACAACCUGCCCACAAAUAUAAACAAAAUUAAAAAAAUUAAAAUAGAUUAAAUUCAAGUAUUCUCCCAGUGGCGGAGGGAGGUUUCUUCUGUUCUGUUCCUGUGUUACUUUUUAUGGAGGAGUUGGAAGACGAAGAAGAAGAAGAAGACGAUUCAGGAUCAGAACCAAACAACCAAAAGAUUCCUUCCCCUCCUUCCUUCAAUUCCUUCCCAAAAAGAAAAUCAUAAUUAUUCUCUCGAAUUAACUAAUUCUGUAUGUAGAAUUUUUGUUUGACACGCCGUAGAGUUUGUUAUUUGGGGAGGCGAUUAUGGGGAAAGGGGAAUCGAUCUUUAGGCGGAGGAAGAAUGCUCCGCCGCAACUUCUCCCGCCUCCGUCGCCGCCGGAGGUUGACGCUUCGACGGGGAAUUUUAAUAAUUCGGUGGUUGCGGGUGGAAUUGGAGGUGCUGCUACUGGGAAGGCUCUGGUUGGGAAAAAAAAGCCUGGAGGUGCUGCGAAAUUGUGGAUGAGGUUUGAUCGGACGGGCCAUUCGGAGUUAAUCGAGUGUGAUAAAAGCGCCAUUAUCAAGCGCGUUUCUAUACCUGCUCGUGAUCUUCGGAUUCUUGGCCCCAUUUUCUCUCAUUCCUCUAGUAUUCUAGCUAGGGAAAAGGCUAUAGUAGUCAAUUUAGAGGACAUAAGAGCCAUAAUUACAGCUGAGGAGGUGUUGUUGCUUGAUCCUCUACGGCAAGAGGUGCUUCCCUUUGUGGAUCAGCUUAGGCGGCAACUUCCUCAAUCAAACACCUCCAAUAACGGAACUGGUCAAGUAGUUGCACAAGAUGAGGAGAUGCAAUCUCUAAUGUCGGGUCAAUGGUUGCCUGUUCCAGAAGCUGCAGAAGGGAUGCGGGCUGAGCUUCCAUUUGAAUUCCAAGUCCUUGAAAUUGCUUUAGAAGUGGUUUGUACGUUUUUGGAUUCCAAAGUUGUUGAUCUGGAGAGAGAUGCUUAUCCUAUUUUAGACGAACUGGCCAUCAAUGUUAGCACCAAAAAUCUAGAGCAUGUUCGGAGUUUGAAAAGCAAUUUGACCCGACUGCUUGCAAGUGUCCAAAAGGUUAGAGACGAGAUUGAACACCUUUUGGAUGACAAUGAAGAUAUGGCCCAGUUGUACUUAACUAGGAAAUGGAUUCAGAAUCAGCAAUCAGAGGUGCUGCUUGGAGCAAUGGUAUCAAAUAGCAUUGUCCCUGCCGGUACUCGACUUCAACGCCUUAAUUCUGCAACAAGUGGAAGUUUGACUAUCAACCAUUUAAAUGAUCAUGAUGUGGAGGAUUUGGAGAUGUUGCUGGAAGCAUACUUUGUGCAGCUCGAUCGCACUCGUAACAAAAUUCUUUCUGUUCGGGAGUACAUAGAUGACACGGAGGAUUAUGUCAACAUUCAACUUGACAAUCAGCGAAAUGAGCUGAUCCAACUUCAGUUGACAUUGACCAUUGCCUCAUUUGCUAUUGCUGUAGAGACCGUGAUUGCUGGAAUAUUUGGAAUGAAUAUCCCUUGCUCACUGUAUAACAUUGCAGGGAUCUUCUGGCCAAUUGUCUGGGGUACUACAGCUGGUUGUAUAAUACUAUUCUUUCUUAUUCUAGGAUAUGCCAGAUGGAAGAAGCUGCUGGGAUCCUAAACUUCUUUAUAUUUAGUGAACAUUAGCAUAACAAAAACAAAGGGAAAGUGCUUAUCUUGUGGACACUCCUUAGAGUUUUAUAUAUGAACUGAAAGCCUUUAUUCGGACGGCUCAAUGAUCAAUCUGUGGAAAGUUAUGGUAAUCUAACCAUACAAAUAAAUUUCAUGUUUCAUGCGCUUCUUAUUGUCUUUGCUUUUAGAGUAAAUGUGGUGUGUAUUGUUUGUUUAUGUGCCUCUUUCAUACUUCUUUGCAUUAACCCCCAUGAAACUGCAAGUAUGAAGCAGAUUCCAGCUGAAAUUUCUCUGAAUAAUUGCAUGAUGAGUUGUGAGAUUGUGAUGGCCCCCUUGGUUGGUGUAGGCUGUCUUUCAUUUGGGGAAGGAGGGGACCAGACAUUUUGUAUAAAGCUCUAGUGUAACUUCCACAAUUAUCUGUAAUGCUUUAUUAGCAUAAGUUCCUUGUGGUUGAGCUCUUAUUAUUAUUAUUAACGAACAGAACAAUUAUGUUGGAAC